AUGCUAGACUCCGACUACCAACUACCAGCACAAAACAGAAAAAGUGAAACUGGAAAACUGAUCGACCGUUUCCUUCAUAAUGAGAUUGAACUCGAAAAACAUGCAGCUCAACUUAUUUUUACUGCCAACAGAUGGGAAAAAAUACCAGAAAUUAAGAGUUUGUUAUCCAGUGGAACUACAGUGGUUAUAGACAGAUACGUCGCCUCUGGAGUGGCCUAUGGAGCAGCAAUGGGCUUACCGGUAAAGUGGUGUUCUCAAAAUAACGUUGGCCACCCAGAGCCGGACCUAGUUGUCUACCUUAAACUGAGCGCAGAGGCUGCUUCCAAGCGGAAAGGUUAUGGGGAAGAGAGAUUCGAGAAGGAGAAUAUCCAACAGCAAGUAGCAAACACCUUUGACGACCUCAAGGAAGAUUCAUGGAAGAUCAUAGAUGGAGACGGAAGCGAAGAAUAUAUUCACGCACAAAUAUACAACAUUGUGAAAAAAGUGAUCGAAGAAUCGAAAUUUAAAGAACUUGGAACGCUGGAAUGAAAAUGAAAAUAAAAUAUUGAAAUGUGGAUGCUUGUCAACCACACUUUGUCAGUGGCGGAUCCAGAAAAUCCAUUUGGUGUGCGUGUGUGUGUGUGUGGGGGGGGGGGGGCAC